AUCGUGAUCUUGUUUGUAUACUUGAUUCUAUUGAGAUUGAAAAAUCUCAUUAUCAAAUUUUAAAACCACAUUUUCAUUUAUUAAAAUUAACGAAUCCACCACAACAAUGUCAUCAUACAAGGCCUGAAUGGAAAGUUCCAACUGAUCUUGAUCUUGAUCGUCGUGUAUUCAAUGAUCUCUUAUUUAAAGAGAAAUCUCAAAAUGAUGAAAUUUUAAAAGAAGGUUUAACUCAAGUUUGGUCUUAUGUUACCAAUUUCUUGACUUCAAUACUUCAAAUAGAAGCAAAUAGAGAUCAAAUUUUUGGUAAAGGUUGUGUGUCAAAUAUGGAAAAUUUUAUGAAAGAAUAUCAAGAUGAAUCACUUCCUUUUAAAGAUUAUUGGGCUCCUAUCGCUGAAGCAUAUAAAAAGACUCCAAAAUCUAAAAAAGCAAAUACUUCUUCUACAACUGAUACUGUAGAUGAUAUUGAUGCUGCUUUUAGAACUUAUAUACAUAAUGCUAAAACCGUAAUUUCUUUUUGGGAGGAAGGUUUUGUCGAAAAGGCUUUAACUAAUGCUGUUCAAUUUAGUGAAGAAACUCAAUGUACUUUACUAGGAUUUCUUGUUGAUUUUCAGAGUAGAAUAACAAAAAUUCCAAUUAAAGAAUCUAUCGAUGAUAUUUUAAGAAAAUGUGGUGAUGCUUUAAUCGUGGUUAAAGAUAUUAAAUUAAUGGUAUCAAAAAGGAUUUCAAUUAUGCGUUCAGAUAUUUCUAAAAGGAGUAAAGAAUUAAUUCAAGAACUUGAAGCACUUGAUGAAUCUUGGAAAACUCAAUCACAACGAACAACUCAAGGUCGAUUGGAAAAAGCAAAUAAUAAAGAAUUUCGAAAACGAAUUAAAAAAUUUGAAAGUACGGUGCAAUCAACGAGGCAAGCGGCAAUUACCGCAAUCGGUGCUUUGUUUCCAGUCACAAACCUUGCUAGUAUUUGUACUAAUUGUUUAGAAAUAUUAAUGACUGAAGGUGAAAUUAUGGAAGCUAUUCUGUUGGAAAAACAUUAUAAAAAUUAUGAAGUCACCGCUAAAAAAUUUCAAGAGCAACGUGAAGCUCUUUUAAAAGACUUUGAACAAGGUGCUGAGACUGGUCGCAAGGUAUUGGCGGGAAUUUUUGGACGUUUGUUUCUCAAAGAAGCUUGGGGAUUGAUUGCUGAAACUUUAGCAUUAAAGAAACAAGAUGCUUUUUUACAAUCAAUGGAUAAGGGAAAGACGGAGACUGUGAAAAAAAAGAAGACUGAUAAAGAUGCUGGUAAUGGUGCAUCACAAUCUGUAGACAAUUCUGUUCCAACUGAACAAGACAAUAAUUUAGUGUUAUCACAAGAACCUGAGCUUCAAUCAAAUGAACCUUCCACGUCACAAGACUCUUGUCACGCUGAAGAGCAGAAACCUUUAAUAGACAUGAUGACGGACAAUAAAUUAAACAAUAAUACAAAUUCCACUAAAUCUUUAAAUAUAGAAAAUACGGUCAAAUCUUUAGUUUUAGAUUCAUCACAAUCACAAGAUUUCUCAGAAUUGCAUCCACAUAAAUUUCAAGAUAGUAAUAAAUCUUCCAACGAAGAAAAUAUAAACAAGUCUCCAGUUUUAGAUUCAUCACAAGAUUUCUCAGAAAUGCAAGCUACGAAUCCGCAUGAAUUUCAAGAAUCUCCCCAGCGUCGUAUUUCUACACCGCCUGGCCUUAAUACGGGUACGAACAGCCCACCACAGUUAAAUCAAAGUUCUGUUGCUAAAGCGAAUAAUUCAACUCACGAAGGUCUUGUAGACUUUGAUAAUUUUAGUCGAGCAGAUUUAAUUUUACUUAUCCAAAAUCUAUUAAGCGAAAAAACACAGUUAGUUAAAACACUUGUUUCCAUGCAACAAGAAGUAAAGGCUGUUACAGAUCGUUACACUAAUUUAAUGGAGAUGAGUCGAGAACGAGAAUUCCAAACUUUUCAAUUAUUUGAAGCACAUAAAAAAUUAGAGAUGGAUGAAGCAACCAAGUAUAUUCAAAAGUUGGAAGCACGAAUUAGUCAAUUAGAAAAAAAUAAUGCUAGAAGUAUUAAUGGAGAGUAUAUAGAUCCAUGGAAUAGUCAUCUCACCGGAUCUCGAUCAAACGUGAGGUGUGGAAAUUGUGGUGGUCAAAAUCAUAUAAGUCAAGAAUGUAUUACAGGAUGUCGUUAUUGUGGUGAUCCUAGACAUUUGAGCGAACUUU